AAAAAUUUUAAAUUCUCGCCCAUCCUUAGAAUACAACUUUUCUUUCUUAUAAAAAAGCAGAUUUUUAAUGAUCUAAAUGACGAAUUUAUCAAUGGACGUUGAUCUUGAAAAUUUGAUUAGUUGCUCUGAAUUACAAUUAGAAAAUAACAAAGUGGUAAUCUGGAAGUUUUUGCUCGAUCUACUCAACAAUGCUAAAUUUAAUCCAAGUUCAAUCAAGUGGGAGGAUGAAAAUCGAGGAACCUUCAAGAUUGUAGAUGGGCUGGUUGUCGCACGCGAGUGGAAAGCUAGGCGAGGAAAAGAUUUCAACCGUUUGUGCAGCAAGACUGCGGUGGAUAAUUUCUACAGAGCGUUGAGAUAUCAUUACAAGACCGGAUGUCUCCACCAAGUGCAAGAAAAGAGAGUGUUCAGAUUCGGCUCUAAAACAAAGUGGCUCAACUAUGUAAAUAAUUCUGGAAAAACUGACGAUCAGGUGAAUGAAUACGAAAAUUGGGAUAAUCUGAUUGCGACAAUAGGUUUGCAGGGACAUUGAUUGAAGGGAACGGAAAUUAAUCAUUUGAAGAAAUCAAUUAUUUAUUAUUAUUGAAGUUUUAAAUAUUUUUCCCACGACUAUCUUUUUGAUUUUUUGUUACUGUUUUUCCUGUGCAUCUACGUUUCUUCACCCAAUUCUUAUUCUUUUUAUUCCAUGAACAAUCAAAAAUA